ACCAAACACGGUCUAAGUUCUUCCUAAUACUCAUGGAAUUAUCAAUUGUCGUCGGACAAGGAGACGGAUGCUUACGUUUGGUUUAAAUCAGAUAGAUCGGGUGGAUGUAGGAUAGAAAUCGAGAUUAGCCCCCUUUUUUCCUAAAAAAAAAAGAAAAAAGAAGAGAGAGAGAGAGAAGCAUCAGCCAUCCAAAGCCCUGGCGCCCCCAGUUCCCGACCUUUACAACGAGAGAUAGAGGCAGAGCUGUUGAUGGAGAAGAAGAAUAGGAACAGAGCCGAGAAAUCCGGGUUUCAGCGAGCAAGGGAAACCCGCCGCAAUCCGCCUUCCUCUUCGAAUUCAUGGAAACCUCGUCCACCGUAUCGUAAAGAAGCCCCUGCUGCCGUCGAAGAGAGCUCCAAUCCGAGUUCUUCAAUCCGCGAACGGAGUCACAAUGAUGACGACCUCUGCUCUCCAGACCCACCAGCUUUGGUUGGAACUUGCUCCGAUAUGUGUCCAGAGAAGGAGCGAGCUCAGCGCGAGCGGCUUAGAGACUUGGCAGUGUUUGAAAGGUUACAUGGAAAUCCGGCUAGAACUUCUCCAAGCCUUGCUGUAAAAAAGUUUUGCAGAACUAUCUCUACCACACAUAUGCAGGCAUCAGAUAUCCGGGCUCUCCCAGUUCUGCAAAACACGUUAAAGUAUCUUUUGGAUUUAAUGGAUUCUCCAGAACAUCCAUUUGAAGUGGUGCAUGAUUUCAUCUUUGAUAGGACAAGGUCUAUCAGACAAGAUCUCAGCAUGCAGAACAUUAUUAAUGAUCAAGCAAUUUGUAUGUACGAAGAUAUGGUUAAAUUUCAUAUCAUAUCGCACAAGAAACUUGGCAGGUGCUGUGGCAAGUCUGAUGUAUCCUCCUUGUCCUACCUCAAUAUGGAACAGCUGAUGAAAUGCCUCUUGUCACUUUUUGAUAUGUAUGAUAUUAAUCAAAGAUCCAAGUCCAUAGGCAAGAAAGCUGAAUUCUAUUCAUUUUAUGUACUUCUCCAUCUGGGUUAUAAGAUCCCAAAAAUGGGGGAUUCGCUUUCUUUUUGGUAUACCCAAUUAGCUCUUCCAGUUCUCCAGUCAAAGGAAAUGUGCUUCGCUAGGAGUUUAUUAAGGUACUCUCAAGUGGGCAACUAUAAGCGUUUCUUUAGUACCAUUGCAGCUGAAGCAUCUGAUCUGCAGUUGUGUCUUCUGGAACCUUUUCUCAAUGAGGUUCGUGGACAAGCAUUGUGUUAUAUUAGUUUCGGCAGCUACAAGCUUCAGCCUUACCCCUUAAGACACCUAUCUAAAAUCUUAAUGAUCAAGGAGGCAGAGCUGGAGUCCUUGUGCUAUGAGUGCGGCCUUGAGACCAGCACAGAUGAAGCAGGUUCUAAGUUCUUACCUGCCAAACAGACAAGUUUCCGUCUACCUAAAGCAGGGUUCCAAAGCUAUAGCCUCUUCAAUUCUGAAAAUAAUUACGGGUAGCAAGCUUCGGGCCCAUGGACUAGAAUAUCAUGUGUCCACAGCCAUUUGAUCCAUAACACUAGCCCGAAUUUCACUGACGCUGUUGCCUAUAACUUGUAAAUGUAUAUGGCUUUUUAGGGAUAUGAUGGAAUCUAUAUGGUUAAAAGCAUCUAGGCGCAUGAAGUCUGAUGCAAAAGUUGAGUCAAUUGAGUUGGCCUACUGUAACUUUCUUAUUUUUAUAAUCAUUGUCCAUGUAUAAACUAAGCAAUGGAGAAGAAUGAAGGGUACUCUCUCUCUCUUUU